AUGCUUACUGACCAACACUAAUUCACUCCUAUCUCUCAGUUUAUCAGAGAUAUUGAUUCAUAUACUUAUCAAGUCAAUUCAGAAAAGCUCAAAACAUACAAUAUUCCAAUGUCUGAUGAUAUGACUGACAAUAAAAGUGAUUGUGAUACCUCAUCUUCUCUUGAGGAAUUGAUGCAACAAAAAGAAUUUCAGGAGAAAUAAUCACUUUCCCCUAUCUUUAGCCAAAAAAACUGGGACUGUUGCCUCUUAACUCCCGAUAAAAAACAAAGAACCGUCUCUUUCAACAGCAGCAUUAAGGAGAAUUCACCAUUAAUCCAACCGUCCAUUAAGUCCACAAUGGAAUAAAAGUACAAAAUCUCAUCGUUCUUAGAAUCCAUGAAUAUUAAGACUACUCCUAAAAAACUCCCAAACAUAUCAGAAGACACAUUUAAUCCAAGGACUAUCAGUGCUAAACUUAUAAAUGGAGGUCAAUUUUUGACAGCGAGUAACAAUUCAAGACUUCUCUAAGAUAUUUACCAUAAUUAAGGAAUCAAGGAGGAAUUAUCAGCUGGCUCUAAAUAAUCUCCUAAGGAUUCACACCAAUCCAAAGAAGAGUCUUAUAGUGAUUCAUCAAUUAGGGCUCCUGAUGGAGAUUGGAAAUGGGAGAUUAUUCAUUAUAGUAGAAAAAAUCCUACUUCUCUCCAUCAAAAGAACCCUUAAUAGACUUUCUAAUAUCAAAACUAAUAGCAAUCGUAGCAAAUGUCUCCCUACUCCCAUAGUUCAGAAUAUGACUCUUGUGAGUGA